CACGUCGAGCACAGAUCUCCGUGGAAACGGUGACUAUUCCUCCCUCCAUCCCUGCCUCUCUCUCAGCCGGGUUGCUCCAGGGAUGGUCGACACUCGGAAGCGUUCAGACCAGUCACACACGAACCAGCAUGUGUUGAUAGGAACCAUAACGGAACCAUGACGGAUUGCCAGUCAGGACUUGGGACGAGCAGACCGCUGGAGGACAUGCACGUGCACGAGUUCGCGCUCAUCGAGAGACCAAACCGCAGAAGUGUAAAGACUGCAGAGGAAAUCAGUCAGCUGACAGUGGAUGAAAACCUCAACGAUAUCGACAGAGCCGUCUACCUGCUCAGUAUGGGCCAGGAGGUGCAGCGAGCGAGCGUCAUCGCUAACCUGCCCUUUCUGAUCCGUCAGAAUCCAGCAGAAACGUUCCAUUGGGUGGUACCGAAGAUUCGGGAAGUCUUAGGUGGAGCUGGAACUGAAAUUCAACUAGCAGCGGCAGUGUCGUUUCUGACCGUUCUACAGGAUGACAUCGUCCUGAUCCACACCCACACCUACUCCAUACUGAAGACGGUCCUGCUCCACCUGAACCACCGAGAUGCAGCGGUGAGUAAUGCCUGGCUGGAGACUCUGUUGUGUGCCAUCGACGUUUUACCAAAGGAGACAAUCAAACAGGAGGUGCUGAGACCUCUUGUUUUUCAACCUCUGCCUUCACAUUCUCUCCACACCCGUUUGGCCCACUGUCGCAUUCUGGGCAAAGUUUCCUGCAAACUGGAUUGUCACCUGGUCAAGAAAGAGCUCUUGCCAUUGGCUCGUGCUUUAUGUCAGGAUCCAGAAUUUGAGGUUCGAGCAUGCAUGUGCCGCCAGUUGGAGAAUAUUGCCACGGCAACAGGUGCAGAUGAAACCAGCACACAACUGCUGCCUGACUUGGUUGACUUGGCGAGAGACGGGCACUGCGACGUCCGUCUUGCAGCAUUGGACACCAUCAUCAACCUGAUGGAGAAGAUUGACAGUGAGAACAGACUCCGUGUUGUGGUUCCCUUGGUGAUGUCCGUGACCCAGGCAGAUGAUGCAAUAUUGGCAUCUUUGUCAUUUCAGUUUGGAAAAAUCUGCAGUCAACUCGCAGGUUGUCUGUCGGAUGAGCAGAAGGUCCACUUGCUGCAGACGUUCAAGUCACUUUGUGUGGUUGGUCUCGAUACUGAAAGAAAGCAAGACGUUGGCAUGCAGACAACGCUGAUCCGGUGCAACUGCUGCUACAACCUGCCGACCAUGUUGGCCUUUGCUGACUCCUCCCACUUCCUGACCGACCUGUACCUGUCAUUUUCAAGUCUUUGUUGUGAUCCCGAAGUCAGCGUCCGAAGAAGUGCAGCUUCCUGUUUUCAUCAGGUGGUAGAGUCGCUCACUUCAAAUGUUCCUCUGGUCCACAAAGAGCUUCUGAUGCUGUUGAAAGAUGACGCUCUGGAGGUGUUGGAUGCUCUGAUGAAUCACUUAGAGCAAACUCUGGAGGUGGUUCUGUUCAGAGGAGAGAAACUGAUGCAGGAGCAGAAGGGUUCCUUCCAGUCUUCCGCACUGCUGUCGGCUCUGCUGUCAGCUGAGCAGAAGGUUAGUGGUUCUCUGCGCUGGAGGCUGCAUGAAAAGCUGUUGCAGCGUUACAGCAAUCUGGCCAAACUUCUCCCCGGAGAGCCACUGCACCAGAGUCUGUCUCCUCGCAUUUUUCUUAUCCUCACCAGCAACAAGGUGUUGCCAGUGCAGAGAGAGGCUGCACGAAUGUUCUGCACAUUCCUUCGCUAUAACCACAAACAGGAGCAUCGUCGAGAGAUGAUGGAGUGGAUGAUCCAAGCUCUGGCUCAGGGGCGAAGUUACUGGAAUCGUCUACGAUUUCUUGAUGUCUGUGAAAAGGCCAAUGAGAUUUUCUCCAGGAAGUUUUUCAACAGACAUUUCUUGAUCCCAGCUCUAGAACUGGUACAUGAUCCUGUGGCCAACGUCAGGUACAAACUCUGCCACAUGCUGCCCUUGUUGCGGUCAUCGCUGCGCCUGCCUGUCGACAAUCGGCUAUUGAUGCAGCUGGAUUUCUGUGUGCAGAGGCUCCUCUGCACGGAGAAAGACAAAGACGUGGUCACGGCCAUUCACAAGGUCGUGUUGGAACUUGACAAACUGGAUCUCACAGAACCCUUUCAGAGGAGGAAAAACAACAAUUUGUUGGACCACAAGAAAGAGGCAGAAGAGACUCUGCUGCUGGAGAUGGAGCAACUGGAAAACCAGCAGGACGAAACCAAAUCGAAUUCACUCAAACAGUCAGAGAGACGACGAAGUGACCGUAAUCCCAGUCUGUCAAAGUCAAGCAAGUCUAAGUCACUGUCCUUUUCGGUGUCCUCAUCUUGUAAAGAGAUGAGGAGGGUCAAACUAUCACGGAGUCGAUCCCUCAGCAGUCAGCCACCUGUCUGCAAACCCGACACGCCACAACAAACUAGCAGUCGGAAAGAGUUAAGUGGUCUUUGUGCGAGUUGGAAGUCAUCAAUACUAAACAACAAAGAUGAUUUCUCAACUACCAACCUUACCACGGCUGUGCUGUCUAAGUCUUCGCCCACCUCGUAUAAACCAGUGCUGAUCUGCAGACACUUCACCGACCUCCCUGACCCGAUGGCUUCAGAAGGAAAAGCAACAAACACUUUAGACCUCAGGGAUUGUCAUUAUAUGACGAACCAUAGAGCCAGUCAUUUAGAUAAUAGUACUGGUCCUAUUGAACACAGAAAUAAUACCGUGGUCCAGAGACGAACCACCUUGGACCGAAGGACAAAUACUUUAAGCCAAACAAACCUUGGGACUAAUGCUUUGGACCAGAGCGACAACGGCAGCAGUAAGAACAGCUUCAUGUCCCAGCGCAGUAAAUCCAUGGAUCAGCACAGCACUGCAGUGAAGGACAGCAAGUCAAGGAAGUUGUUCAUGAAGUCCAACUCUUUCAGCGUACAAUCAGGAUGUCUGUGACAUGAAGGACAUCAGCCUUUAUACGAUCAAAAAUAAAGGAAGGAGGACCAUAACAAACAUCUCCAAUUUGAUUGGUCGAGUGAACACCUCAAAAAAUAAAUGUGCCCAUUGGUUUGAUUGCUGAUUGUUGGAAGCACAAUUUGAUUUGUAUUUAUCAUCAAACGUACACUUUGGUUAUUCUGUGACAUUUAAGAGGCAAACUUGUACUGCUGUUGUGUGUCAAAAUAAUAUUUGUUAUUAAUUUGAUCAGAACAUGAUACCACUCAUGAUAUAAUUAUUGUUUAUUUGUGUAAAUAAUGACAGGAACAUGAGUUUUCUGUUUACGUUCAAGCUGAGGGAAGUUCACCAUCAUUUCUACAUUUGCUUAAAAGGAAUCUUUUUUUUUUUUUUAAAGAUUACUAGUUCUGCUUCCUUUCAAUGAACAUUUUCAGCAUUUCCUUUACGUUGAAAUUAAGUCAUUAUGUAAUCACAUUUAACAAGCACAAUGGGAAAAACUACAACUGGUGAAAGGUCAACUCAUGCACAGGUGUUGAUUAUAGAGUAUAAAUGUUCCUAAUAAAGUGGUCACUACAGACGCGACCCGACUUACGCACGUUCCAUGUUUGUAAAGUUUUGUCAUUUUCUAAUGUUACUAUUUGUAUAUCACUAUUCCUUUGCUGUUGUUCUCUUGCUUUUUUUGUUUGCAUGUUGUUGUUUUUUUCGCUGUGAGGAUUUGCAGCAGUUAGUUUUCGGCCAAAUGUUGUAAUACGCUUAAGGCACACAACUCAAAAUUUGGAUGCGUGGACGCAUUGUGAAGAAAAAGUGACCGAAUAUUUGUAACGCCAGUGUUUGUAAGUAGAGUGGCGUCUGUAUAGAAUCCCCAGAUACAUGCAGCACA